AUGGCCAACCGUUACGACAGAAACCCUUUUGAGGAGGAAGAAGAAGUGAACCCCUUUGCUGAUGGAGGGGGAAGAGGAAAAACAGGCGGGCAGUCGAACUUUAGCGGAGGCUCAUUUUUUAAUACAAAUACUGGGAGUGUUCCUCUUGCUACAAACUCUCGGCUCGCACCCCUUCCACCAGAGCCUGCUGAUUUCUACAAUCCCACUGCUCCAGUUGAUAUCCCACUUGAUAGUACUUCGCAGAAGGAGAGAGAACUGAGGGCUAAGGAAGCUGAAUUGAAUAGGAGGGAACAGGAAGUGAGACGGAAAGAAGAAGCUAUUGCUCGAGCUGGUAUUGUUCUUGAGGAGAAAAAUUGGCCUCCAUUCUUCCCUAUUAUCCAUCAUGAUAUUGCAAAUGAAAUACCAAUUCAUCUUCAGAAGCUGCAAUAUGUUGCAUUUUCAACGUUUUUAGGGCUUACCUUUACACUUCUAUGGAACAUCAUAGCUGUCAGCUCUGCAUGGAUUAGAAGGGGAGAUUCAAGAAGCUGGUUUCUUGCUAUUAUCUACUUCGUAUCUGGGGUUCCUGGAGCCUAUGUGUUAUGGUAUCGACCACUCUACCGAGCUUUCAGGUUCGGAAGUGCUUUGAGCUUUGGGUCGUUCUUCAUAUUUUACCUGCUUCACAUUGGGUUCUGCAUCUUUGCUGCUGUUGCACCUCCUAUCGUUUUCAGAGGAAGAUCUCUGGCAGGUAUCCUGCCAGCUAUUGAUCUCAUAGGCGAUCAUGUUUUGGUCGGGAUAUUUUACUUCAUUGGGUUCGGACUUUUCUGCCUUGAGUCGCUUCUUAGCGUUUAUGUUAUACAGCAAGUCUACAUGUACUUCAGAGGCAGCGGGAGAGCUGCCGAAGCUGCUAGGGGACGAGCUGCAACUUAA